UGCCCCCGACUGAACAUCGGGGAACAUUCAUCUCGGGAAAAUGUAAGCGGAGCCAGCCUUUUGUCACGAUCCUGCCUGCAGCCAAGCUGUCCCGUAUAAAUUCAGAAGGCCCCUUAGCGGGGGGAGCACGCUGGGGCUGCUGACUGUGCAGUUUUGGAAGAGGUUUCCCGGUUAGAGGAGUGGCAAAAAAAAAAAAAUCAAUAGCGCGAGGGAUGGCUGUAAAAGGAGCCCCAUCCAGCGAGCAGAAGCAACAGCUGACCUAGACAGAACCGCUAGCCCACCCUCUCCCUCGAGCGUACAAAGACGGGGCUUGGGCUUGGGGCGGGAGACAAAGAGACCCUAGCUGACGCCCUGGCUUCAUCCUAGCUAAAGUUAGGAGCAGACGCGAGAGCCUCGAACUCGUCUGGUCCACGAGCCCAUCCCCACUCCCGCACCCGCCGCCCUCCACGGUCUUCCCUUGGCAGAGGAAAGGUGGGCAGCGGAGGAACUGAAGGGGGGGGGCGGCGGUUAACAGUUCUUUGUCUCACGAGAAAUGUGAAAGAAAGGCUGCAGGGAGACCCUGGCAGGGUUUGCGAAGGCACCGCGACUGGAGCAAAGGCAGAAAACUGCAAGGGAACGAGAGGCAGAAAGAAGGCUCGCAGCUCAGACCGCCGCGGAGAAGGGCCGGAGCUGGGGCUGGGGCACCUCUUGCUCCCAAGGCAGCCGUCUGCGGUCGGCUGCACCUGGCUCCGCGCACUCUUGAGGGUGCGCAGCGCCUGUGGGUGUGUCUCUCGCAUUCGCCCUGCACCCGCCAGCUUCUCCAGACGCGAUGAACGGGCUGAUAAGCAUCCUGCUGGGGGCAAUGCUGCUCUGGAGCCAGGGAGGCUUCUCCCGGAGGGUCGUCAGCGGUCAGAAGGUGUGCUUCGCAGACUUCAAACAUCUCUGUUACAAAAUAGCCUAUUUUCAGGACUUGUCCAGCCGGGUGGGAUUUCAGGAGGCUCGCCAGGCUUGUGCAAGUGAUGGUGGGGCUCUUCUCAGCCUCGAGAGUGGAACCGAGCAGAAGUUAAUAGAGAGCAUGCUUCAGAACCUCACCAAGCCAGACACAGGCAUUUCUGAUGGCGACUUCUGGAUUGGACUUUGGAGGAGCGGAGAGGGACAGACGUCGGGUGCUUGUCCGAACCUCUACAGGUGGUCUGAUGGAAGCAGCUCCCAGUAUCGAAACUGGUACACGGAUGAACCUUCCUGUGGAAGCGAAGCCUGUGUCGUGAUGUAUCAUCAACCAACGGCCAAUCCUGGGCUUGGGGGUCCCUACCUUUACCAGUGGAAUGACGACAGAUGCAACAUGAAGCACAACUUCAUCUGCAAGUAUGAACCAGAGAGUGAGCCAACCGUCGUCACAGCAGGCAAACCCUUGGAUGCAAGUAAACCAGAAGAUCCCUAUCACAUAGUGGUAAAGGAAGCAGGUAUAAUCCCCAACCUGAUUUAUGUUGUAAUACCAACAAUACCUCUGCUCUUGUUGAUACUGGUAGCUUUUGGGACCUGCUGUUUUCAGAUGCUACAUAAAAGCAAAGGAAGAACAAAAACGAAUCCCAACCAAUCCACACUCUGGAUUUCAAAGAGCACCAAGAAGGAGAGCGGCAUGGAGAUAUAAUAGCUGAAUGAUUUGGCUUCCAAGGAAGAAGUCACGCUUUAACUUUCUGGAUGUGUAUAACCGAUGACAUCAGAACAUUAGCUCGGAAUGGCUUUGAAAUCUCCAUCAGCAAGAGGAACUGUAUGCUCCACCUUGAGACAAAUAUUAGGAUCAUUUUCUAUGUUUAGUAUUUCUUUAACAAAAUAUGCCAUGCUAAAUAAAGACGUGAAGCCUGCUUACUUUGCCAAAGGGAGCCCCUGAGCUUCAUGUGAACAAUAACGUGGGCAGUAAAGUUCAGAAUGACAUGUGAACGUGUCAGCAGUGUGUGUUUGAAUGGUAAUACACAGCUAUUUUUCUUUUACCUUGCACAUGUUGUAGUGAAGUUGAAAUACUAUAACAUACUGAAAUUUGCACUGAAUAAAUUAUUUUAUCUUUGCUUAGCUAUUUGAUAAAAUAGAUGGCUUUGCUAUGUA